AUGAAGGUGUACUCUGUGAUUCCCUGCAUGGGCUGCACCCUCUGGCAGGGGCUCCUGCUCACAGCGUCCCUUUUAAUAUGCUGGCAUCCAACCACCACUGCCGAAGUCACCAUUGAAUCAGUGCCGUCCCAAGUGGUCAAAGGAGAAAAUGUCCUUUUCCUUGUCCAUGAUCUGCCAGACCAUGUUUUAUCCCUAACCUGGUUCAAAGGCGAGGCAAUAAUAGACAAUGCAAUCGCAUUGUAUGCACCGAAUGGCAAUGUACGUGCACUCGGGCCUUUACACAGUGGUAGAGAGACAAUGUACCAAAAUGGAUCCCUGUGGAUUCAAAAUGUCACCCAGAAUGACACAGGAGUCUAUACUCUAGGAAUCUUAAGAACACCAACAGAAAAUGUAUCAACUGCAUCCACGUACCUUCAAGUGCUCUCUUCUCAUUGUGAGUGCCCAUCCACCUGUGCCCAGCCCACUAUUGAACCAGUAAUGCACAGCACUGAAGAAGGAGCAAGUGUUCUUCUAGUGGCUCACAGUAUUCCAGAGAAUCUUGAAGCCUUUUUAUGGUACAAAGGAGCUAUUGUGUCCAAGAACAGUGAGGUUGCCUGGCACCAUGUAGCCAGCAGUACAACUGUAUUUGGCCUUGGUCACAGUGGUAGAGAGAUAGUGUACAGUAAUGGAUCCCUGCUGCUCCAGAACAUCACCUGUAAUGACACCGGAUUCUACACCCUACGCACUCUGAAUACAGAUCAGAAAACUGAACUAGUACAUGUGAAACUCCAGUUUGACACCUGCAGGCUUCCUCCCAGUGCUGCUAAGCUCUCUAUUGAAUCAGAGCCACUCAAUGUUGUUGAAGGGGAAAAUGCUCUCCUGCUGGCUCACAAUAUUCCAGAGAAACUUCGAGCUUUUUCCUGGUCCAAAGAGAUAGACAUUGUCAACAGACUUAAAAUUGCAUCGAAGGUAAUUGCUAAGAAAAGUUGGCUGGCACCCGCUUACAAGAAUAAAGUGACCGUGUACCCCAACAUAUCCCUGCUGUUCCACAACACCACCCAGGAGGACACUGGAUUAUACGUCCUACAAACCGUAAAUACAAAGUUUGAAGUUCAAGAGGCACAUGUGUACCUCCACAUAUAUAAGCCUGUGACACAGCCGAUUCUCCGAGUCAUCAGCACCUCAGUUCCAGAACAGAGCUCUGUGGUCCUCACCUGCCUCUCAGGUGAUACUGGAGUCUCCUUCCAUUGGAUUUUCAAUAAUCACAGUCUGCAGCUUACAGAGAGGAUGACACUGUCCCCAACAAAGUGCCAACUCUUCAUCGAUCCUUUCAGGAGUGAGGAUGUUGGAGAGUAUCAAUGUGUGGUGUCCAACCCAGUCAGUUCAAAGACCAGUCUCCCACUCAACUUGGUCAUGAAGAAUGCGUGACCUCUCUCCUCUCAUCCUACAGAUUUGGGGCAUUUCUUUAUUGAUCUGGUACAGCAACAAGAAAAGUUAUGAGGUGAAAAUGAUCGGUCACCAAUCAGGUACAGCCAGCAUGGUGACUCAUGACUGUAAUCCUGGGAUAAAUGUGUGCACCAGGAUAGGCUUUCUAAAGGGAAAAGAAGAAAUUAAUACAGUGAACAUAAUUGCAAGAUUUCAGAGCUUAGGUUGUGGAUCCAACAUAUAGAUAGUUCUCAGAAUUCAUGGAAGCCAAUUUCGUGAGCCCCCCAAAUUCUGGAUGUUCUGACUCCCCUGUUAGUAUGGGGCAGUGUUUGCAUGGAGAUAAAGGCAUCCUCUCAUAUGCUCAGAUAUAUUGCACUUUUAAUUGAAUCAUAUAAACCCAAUUCUGCCUAGG